AUGAAUGAGCGUCGGUGUUCUCGGAUCUUAGUGUCGUUGUUAUCCAAAUCGCAUCCAAAACAUCAAAAAUAAAUAAAGUUUACAUUAUCAGUAUUGUGAUGGCACAGUCGCAGUUUUCUCUGCUGUGGGACGCCCACAAGAAGAAUAUUUGCCAUGGCUUGAGCAGUUUGCAGCAGAAUGGGGAGUUUGUGGACAUGACACUCGCUGCGGAUGGCCACUUGGUGAAGGUACACCAAGUGAUUAUUGCAUUGGCAAGCCCUUAUAUAAAAGAGUUGAUAUCUACGGCUCAAUGCCCGCAUCCCGUGAUAUUUCUCAAUAAAAUAUCUUACCAAACUCUAUGCUCACUGUUAGAGUAUGUUUAUACUGGUGAGGUGCUGGUGUCCAUAGAGAACCUUAAUGAGCUGCUGGAAGCUGGGAAGGAACUGCAUAUAAAAGGUCUUGAAGAUAUGAAAUUAAAUGAUACAAGUACACAACAAGUUGAGACACCGCAAAAUGAAAAUGAAACAGACUGCAAUAUGGAAAGCCUUGAUGAAGAGAUAAGCUACUUCGAAAUUACAAAGGAUGCUGAAGAUGGAACAAAGUAUAUGACCAAUAUUAUUGUUGAAAGCGAAAAUGGCACGAGGAUACUGGACGCAACAGCCCCAGAAGAGAAUUUCGACGAGGAACCAGAUGACGAGGAUUUGUCAAAUGAUAAGACCACAACUGAAUCUAGACACAAUAUUUCUACAAGUCCCAAUUUAAGUGUAAUGCAGUUCACAGUAUCGAAUCAAGGCUCUUUACAAAUGAUUCUGAACCGCUACAUGUACUACUUGAAGUAUACAAACAGGAAAAACAUGAGACAGUGGCGGUGUGUGGAUUAUCUUAGCAGUAUCAAAUGUCCAGCCCAUGUAUUUACCAAAGAUGAUAUUGUGGUUCAAAGGAUAUCAGCUCACGUACACCCGUUCCACGACAAAAGGAUAUUGAAGAAAGUAAAGGCAGGCGCGGUGUUCUCAGCGAUACACGAGGCGGAACAACAACAAAUAAUGAAAAGAAAUGAUACUAAUAUAAGUGAUUGAAUAAAAUAUUUUACUUUUUUA